AUGAUGGUGAUCUGGGCUAGCGAAUUUUUGCCCUCUUUGGCGGCACGUCGUAAUGAGAAUCAACUUAUCUACUCACGAAACCACUCGGGGGCCUGUCUUCUCAUCGACUACAUCUCACGCGAACUCGCCAAUGCAGGCGACUCUCAACCUCCCACCUCAAUCUUGCCCUCUGGAGCUAAUAAGGAGGAAGACAAAACUUUAGUAAGGAUGGCGCUUCUUCCACCAGAACUAUUAAGUAAGGAAACAAAGACCGAAGUUAUUACUUCAUCACAUCGUACCAAUCAAAGUGCCUCUACCUCCGACCUCCUUAUUGAGACGCCUUCUAAUAUUGUGGUCUGCUCUACACUCUCUACUGGUUGUUCUGUGCGCGUCAUCUAUGCCAAUCUCGAUUGGGUCUGUCUGGUACCAUGGUGGGCCGUUUGGCCCUUCGAGACGCUCCUGGUACCUCGCCGUCACGUCGGGCGUCUCGACGAACUUACUUUUGAGGAGCGUAAUCAGCUCGCUAAGCUUCUUAAACUUCUGCUAACUGGCUAUGAUGCUCUUUUCCAGACUAAUUUUCCUUAUUCCAUGGGCUGGUAUCAGGCUCCUAUCUUGCCAGUGUUGGACCGUGGGUUUGGUACAUUUCCAGACGUUUCGCUGGCAGCGUCAGUGCGUCUUGUGGUUCUCAGGACCAAGCUACAACUUUCUAAAGAGACAAACACGCUUUUUCAAUCUCAUGUUGAUGCAUCUCUUACAAUACCCCCUAUCCUGAACAAUUAUUUUUCUCCUUUUUCAGGUUUGACCAUGGACCACUGGCAAUUACAUGCCGUAUUUUAUCCGCCAUUGCUGCGCUCAUCCUCUGUACGUAAAUUCAUGGUUGGAUAUGAACUACUAGCUGAGGCACAACGGGAUCUCACCCCAGAAAAGGCGGCGGAAAUACUUCGUAGCCACAUUAAUCCGAAAUGA